AUGGGGUCUCUCACUUAUCUAAGUGUCUUCCUGGCCAGUUUCCUGGUUUCAAGCUCCCUUGUGGGAGGUAAGUCUCUCCUGCAUUCUUCAGCGCUAAUGGAGCAGGCAUAGUGUCAGUACUUUAGCUGCAGAAUUUUCCCGAGUUAAAGCACAUUUCAUCUAUAUAAAAGCAUUUUUACCCUGGUCCUUAGCCCCAAAGCCCCAAUUCCCCUAGCAGCUUACAGAUCAGUUUUAAAAAACAUCAACCUUUUCCUGGUUUACAAUGUAGAAGGCAUAGCAUGAAAUGAUAUCCACCACAGCUGAAUGUUGGAAGAUUCAGGAGAGGGCAUAGUUAAACUAUGGAACUCUCUCCCACAACAGGCAGAGAAGGCCACAAGCCUAGACAGCUCCAAAAGGGGGCUGGACAAAUUCAUGGGAUUUCCAAGUGCUAGAAGUCAGCUGAUUGCUAGUGGCUGUAGAACCCUGUGCCUUAGUUUGACAUCAGACUGUGUGGGCUUCAUCUGAUGUCAUGGUGCUGUAAGGUGAUGGACAGGUUGAUGGUCUCACCCACCUGCCAAAAUGGCCCAAUGGGGAUUAGGAAAGGUCAGGACCAGCCCACUGGCCAGAUUCAGCUCCCAAACCCUGGGUUUGAGUGUUGGAACAGGAACCAGGAGAUCAGUCUUCAAAUCCCCACUUAGCCAAGAAGCUCACUGGGUGCGUUAUGUAUUCAGUGGUCUGUGUUUGCCUGAGCUUGAGCCUGGACUAAGGAUUCUGAGCCCCUGUGUUCUGAUUCGAUACCUGAUAUCCAGUCACAGAACAUUUCAGGAUUUGUGCCUCUGCCAUUGGCUCUUAAACUCUGAGUUAUGAUUCGCAGCUUGGAAGUUUGGACAGCCAAUCAUGUUGGGAGUGGGAGUGGCCCAGGCCUUCAGAAAUGUAUAUAAGCAGUUGCUUUGCCCCUGUUGUCCAGUUCUGUUAGUUCAAUUAAGGUUCUUGCGGUUAUCACUGUGUCUUGCCUCAUGGGAACCCACCUACACUUCAUGGUGAUCUUGGGCCUGGCACUAUUUCUCAGCCUAACCUACCUCAUGGGGUUCUUGUGAGGAUGAAGUGGGGGAGGGAAGGAACCAUGCAUACUUAUUGAAGAAAAAGAAUGUAAUAAUAAUAAUAAUAAUAAUAAUAAUAAUAAUAAUAAUCCCAGUCUCACUCCCCUUCCUUUCGGUUUAUCUCUCCCUCUGCUGAGCAGUUAAGGCUGACACUUGUGCCAGGGAGUGGCUGCAAUACCAGGGCAACUGCUAUGGCUACUUUGAAGCUAAGAUGACCUGGGAAGAAGCUGAGGUAAGAAACAGAGGGGUAUGAAGCUUUGGGUUAGGUAUUUGUCACCGAGGCCAUUCUUAGGUAAGAUGUUCCAAUAAGUUUGAUGCUUCCCCACUUUCUAACUCUCCUUCUUUCCAUCCUGUCAGGUUUGCUGACCUGAAGGCUGUUCCAUUUGGAGAAAUGGGGCAUUGCUCCACCAAGCUCAGUCUGCCCACAACCAGCCCCACUUGCUUACUCAGCUCCUUACUUAUAACCAGUCUAGGAGGAGGCACUAAGCACCAUCCUCCUUCUUAUGACACCAGAGGAGAACAGUGGCAUUAAAAGCCUUUCCUACCUUUCCCCUUUGCCCAGAUCGAAUGCCAGAGUUACCACCGUGGGGCACACCUUGCCUCUAUCCUCACUGUUGCAGAAUCUCUCGUGGUGGCUGAUCACAUCUUCGCUUACCAGACGGAACCCAGCAAUGUGUGGAUUGGACUGCAUGAUAUCCGACAUGUACGUAUCUAGACCCCUCUGUGCUUCUCCUCAGACAAUGUUCCCAAGAGAAAACAGACACCCUUGUAUACAGCAGGGCACAUUUCGGGAAUCACUGAGCAGUCUAUUAUGUGAUACAGAUUUGGGCUCAUGUGAGUCUCAAAAUCCAUUCUUUUUUUAUUUUUUAAAUUACUUUCUUACAAAGCAAAUUAGCAAAUAAGAAAGAAAGAAAAGCAAACAAAGGGGGAAAAGUGAAUGAGAGACACUCCUGCAAAUUCCAUCAGAAUACUGAUAAUAAUAAUAAUAAUAAUAAUAAUAAUAAUAAUGUCAUCAUGUGUUGCUUUACACAUGGAAAUGACUCAAAGAGAUACAACAUAAAUACUAAAAGCAAUUGCAAUAAAUGCAAUCAAUAAAAACCUUACAAAAACCAUUUACAUAAUUAACAGGUCGUGCAGAUCCUGUCCCAUUAAAAGAGGCCACAAAUACUUAAAAACCCUUCCAAUUAAAGGCCAAAAGCCUGGAUAGAAAGGAAAGCUUUUGCCUGGCACCUAAAAUUAGGUAAAGAUUGUGCCUGGCAAACCAGCAUUAAAUUAAACAUAUGUGUCAGUAUAAGCCAUCCAGGUGCCCAAACAGGCAUCCACACAAGACUGACAUUCAUAGAAAACAUGUUCAAGUGUAUCAAAGGGGGUGAAGUUCUUGGACCACUGUGUGAUAGAUGGUGGGUGUGACCCUUCUAGGUUGGAAUUUAUUCCAGAGACAAUAGGGAACCAGUAGAUCUAGGUUCGGGGAAGACAUUUUGCUACCCAAGUCAAGGUAGAUAUUAAUCAGGGCUGGCCAAGUUAUUUUUGGUACCUGAGUUUCAAAAUCCAAAUGUGUUUCCCCCUUGGGGUAGCAAUAGAGUAAUUAUAAAUUAAAUAACAACUUGGAACAUAGGAAACUGCCUUAUACUGAGUCAGAACAUUGGGCUAUCUAGCUCAAUAAUAUCUACACGGACUGGCAGCAGCUCUCCAUGGUUUCAGGCAAGGUGCAUUCCCAGCCCUACCUAGAGAUGAUGGGGAUUGAUCCUGGAAUGCAAAUCAGGUGCUCUACUAUUGGAUUAUGGCCCUUUCCCAGUUUUAUGUCCUUCACAACAUCCACAAUCUGCUGCUUGAGGUGGCCACCUCACUUUGCCCAUUGGGUGGACUGGCCUUGCACCAGAUCCUGAACUGAGGCUUUUGCUUCACCUCCACACUUAUCUCCAUGUUCCUUUCUCUCUUCGCCUUCCAGAACGGCAAGUGGAGGUGGUCAGAUGAGUCUACCUACAACUAUAAAGCAUGGGUGCUGGGGGCACCCAACAAACGGGGCGGAAAUAAAUAUUGCGUGGAGCUGCUACGUUCCGUGAGUGGGGCAGCUGUUCCUGAUGCUGACUCACCUCAACAACGGGAAGAAAGAGUCAUCAUUAAACGUUCAGGUGAAAAGUUUUGGGGAGCUGCUAUCCAGGAGGGAGGCUGUCCUGUUCAAAAGCAUCUCAGUAUCUCCUACAUUGUUAUACAGGGGUCAGCCUGAGAGGUGUAACUACCGCAGGCCCAAGAGAGAUAAAAAGCCUCAGCUGAAUUCCUGAUGCCAUUGGAGCAAGUUGUCUUCUUGGAGCUAUCCAAGGUUCUGAAAUGCCACCUUGAUUCUACAUAUUACCCAGCCAAUUAGGCCACUCUGGAGUGUCUUCCAUAGGCUGUGAAUCCCCACUUGAGGAGCUGUAUGCUUGGAGCUAUCCAAGGUCCUGAAACUUCAGCCUGACCCUACUUGCCACUAACUGAAUAGGCUGCUCUCAUGUCUCCUCCUAACCAGUGAGCCCUCACUUGUGGUCAAGGCAGGAUAGGACCCCCAUCCUUGCUCCCUUUAGUACCACCUCACCUCUAUGUAGAGAAAAAGUAUGAUUCCCAGGUGGAAAAACCCCACUGACUGGAUUUGGGUAGCAGAAUAAUUUUAUACUUCAGAGUAGGAGGUAAUGCUACCUAUUGUGUAGCAUGGACCUCUUGUCUGUUUUUGAAUAUUCCUGCCUUGAUCCUUAGUUGGGUCAUAAGAAGAGCCCUGCUGGAUCAGGCCUAAGGACCAUCAUAGUCCAACAUCCUGCUCUCAAAGUGGCCAAACAAAUGCCUAUGGGAAGCCCAUAUGUAGGACCCAAGUACAACAGCACUCUCCCCACUUGUGUUUCCCAACAACUGGCAUACAGCCUCUGACAUCCCAAAAGUAUUGGGACCCAAAGCUGUUGACUAUUGUAGCAUCCCAUAACAGGUGACUGGUUCUCCCUCUAGAUUUCUCAAAAUGGAAUGAUGCAGCAUGCCACAAACAGAAUGCCUACAUCUGCAAGCAUGAACUGUAG